UGGCUUUGUACCAGAUCAGAGCAACAAGCAAGAGAUGCGAAUAUGGCUGUCGGGGAGUUUCUCGUGUGCUUCUCGGAAAAGUGCCACAAAGAAGACAUAAAACAGCACAUCAUCGACUGUCUUAGUGCUGCAAAGUUUAGGGUUACCCGAGAGGAAUUUGAGGGCAAAACUUUACUAACCAUCGGUGCUCAGUUCGACGUCCUUGCUCAGAAGGCGGAAGAAACUGAUUUGGAGAAGGCAACAACAGCUGAAAACAAGAUUCGCCAAUUUAUUUUUGAAAGGCUUGGUGAAUAUGUUGGAAAUGAAAAUCAAGAAACAUUUUUCACUCCUGCUGAAAGGGCAUAUCUGCUUGAGAUUUGCUUAGAAUCUGUGCAGUAUAACAGGGAGCAUUUGAAGUCACUUGGUGUUACUUUCAGAGGGGAGGGUUCAUUUAUCACAGACUUACUGCAUUCCAAGCCACCAAUUUUUGAGUCUGCUUUGCCUCUUCAUCAACCCCAUGAACAAGAGAAAAUAUGGAACAAAAUGAAGCAAAACGUGAUUGUCUGUCCCUUGCAAGAAAUUAGAGAUUACUAUGGAGAAAGUGUAGCAUUUUAUUUUGGAUGGAUGACAUGUUUCACCUGGACUUUAGUGCCAAUAGCUUUUGCUGGAGUCCUAUUGUAUUUCUUCAAGCCGCCUGGUGUCACUGUGGAUGACAACCCUCUGUUACCAUUAUAUGAAGUUCUUAUGGCUUUCUGGGCAAUCAGCUUUCUGACAGUAUGGAAAAGAAAAGAAUCAGAGUAUUCUUUCUUGUGGCGAACACAUGGUCUGGAACACCUAGAACUACUUCGUCCUGAGUUUUCUGGGGAAAUACGACCCAGCCCUAUAACUGGAAAACCAGAGAAGUAUUUUCCCAGGUGGAAAAGAUGGCUACGCUAUGGUUUAAGUUUCGUGUUGACCUUACCAGUCCUUCUUUUGGCUGUAGGUGCAAUGCUAUGUUCACUGAACUUCAAUGGAUACAUCAAGGAUAAAGAGAGUCCUGUCUAUAUUGCAUCCUUUGCUUACUUUGCAGAACCGGGCCACAUUUUAGCAGCUGAUAACAAGUACUAUGGUUACCUGAUCCCUACAAUUGGCCAUUCAGUGGUUAUCAAUAUUUUGAACAAACUGUACCGUUCUGUGGCACACUUUUGUACUGAUCUGGAAAAUCAUAGGACUGAAAGAGACUGGGAUAACUCUCUUAUAAUAAAACGUGUAUUGUUUGAGAUCUUUGACUGCUUCCUUCCUCUGUUCUACAUUGCAUUCUAUCAGCUCAAUGUUGUUGCUCUGAGGAGAGAACUUGUAGGACUUUUUUGGGGUGAUGAAAUUCGUCGUCUUGUAACAGAAUCAAUUCUCCCAUACUUAACAGAGAAAGGUCAUGUGUGGAAAAUACAGAGAGAGUAUGCUAAAAGCAAAAAGGAUUCAAAAGAGAAAACAUUUAUUCCUUCUCAGGCUCAGCGGGACAUAGUUUUAGAGGAAUAUGAACAGUUUGAUGAUUAUUUGGAAAUGGUUGUACAGUUUGGGUAUGUGACACUGUUUGCUUCUGCAUUUCCACUUGCUGCAGUUGUAAGCAUUGUGUUCUUGUUCAUAGAGGGAAGGGCUGAUUUGUUGAAACUACUUUAUGUGUGUCAACGACCACGAGUAAGAAGGGCAUCCAAUAUUGGUGUGUGGUACAAUGUUCUUUACCAGAUGAUGGUCCUCUCCAUGCUUACAAACAGCUUAAUUGUUGGAUUUUCUUCGGAACAACUUGCUGUUUGGUGUCCUUGGAUGUAUGAGACUAUUGACAAUGAUCAGUUCAUUGUUUCUGGAUAUGGGAGGUACGUUGUGGCUAUUGUGUUUUGCAUUGAGCAUUUCUUGAUUCUGUGUGCUGUAAUUGCAAGAUGUUUGGUGUCUGAAAAACCCAAGUGGGUACGCACUGCAGUUGCCAGAGAAAAUUAUGAGAAAGCACAAGAAGCAAAGAAGAGGAAAGAGAAAACUGAGUAGGAAAUCUGGAAAAAAAAAAAAAAAAAAGAACUUGAAAACAGCUGGGAACUUGAUACCAAUGGUUUGACAAUCUCCUUUAAUAAAUAAUUCAACAAUUUGUUAAGACUUAUUUAUAGCUGCACAAUUAAUGGGAAAUUUAAUUGUACUCAAUACAAUGUGUCUGAAGAAGUUACAUGAAAAAGUGCACCACAAAAUAUUCAGCACUACAUCUUACAUUUGUCAGACCACUGUGGGUGAUGCAAUGUACUAAAUAGAG